GCAAAUUGGACAAUGUCGCCAAUCUUGAAUUGGUGGGCUGACGCUUACGUCACGUGAUGUUUUCGCUGGUUUGUAGUGAUGUGUAGCCACCAUGAGUGAAGGGGAAAUAAAGAUUGAAAAUGGCAAUUGGAAUAGCAUUGCAAGCAGAAAUGGCGUAUAUUGUUGUACAACCCGUGCUGAACAGGUCCGUGAACAGAAUUUGAAACGAUAUGGAGGCUAAAUUGAAGGACUUGUUUUAACUUGCGCUGCAAACCCAUUAACAAGAAUGGGCAGUGCAUCAGCGUAACCAAGGUAAAGUGACCUUUCAUUGCAUUGUCCCAUGGAGGAUUUACUAAAUUAUCGAAAAAGCGGCGAUAUGUUGACGUUGGAAGCACAGUCGCGCGGCGUUACUGUAAAAACAGCGUCUACUACGACAAACGGCGAGUCUGCCGCGGAGCCUCCAUCAUUAUCCUCUGUUAACAUCAGCAGCUCCCGCUUUCCACUGCACUUGACGGCCUCCACUCAUCAAGGUCUCCAGCCGAGGAGGCAACAUCCGCCGCCGCCGCAUCAUUUCAAAGCCCAGCACCUUUUCUCAGACGAGGCCGCUCACGAUGCCGCGAUGAAAAAGUCCUUGCCCUCGCUACAAUACAAGGUACAUGACUCUGCAUUUUGUCGUGUUCUAUCGGCUGAGGCAACUGCUGCCGCUGCUUUCGCCCCAGCGGCUGCGUGCUCUGCUGCUAUGGACAAAGACGUAUGGAAGUGUGGAUACUUAAGAAAGCAGAGGCACGGUCACAAGAGGUUUUUCGUGCUGAGGGGGCCAAGUCACUUAGGCCCCAGUCGCUUGGAAUAUUACGACAGUGAAAAGAAAUUCCGCAACGCUCUGAAAUCUGCCUCUGCUUCUACUGCCAGUGUUAUGUGUCCUCCUAAGAGGGUCAUCUAUCUCUCCCAGUGUUUCACUGUCAACAAGAGGGCUGAUGCUAAGAACAAAUACCUCAUUGCCCUGUACACUAAAGAUGAGUACUUUGCCAUGGUAGCGGAGAACGAACAGGAGCAGGAGGAGUGGUAUCAGGCAUUUAAUAACUGGAUGGCAGAGGGCAAAAAGGGGCAGCUGGAUCCGGAUGAGUUGGAUGAUGGAUACGGAACAAUUUCGCCUGGCACAAUUUUCAAAGAAGUGUGGCAGGUGAAUGUGAAGCCUAAAGGUCUGGGGCAGACUAAGAAUUUAAUGGGGGUUUACCGUCUGUGCCUUUCUGCUAAGUCAAUUCACCUUGUGAAGCUUAACUCCGAGAUGGCCUCCGUGAACCUGCCACUGAUGAACAUCAGGCGAUGCGGGCACUCUGAAAGCUUCUUUUUCAUUGAGGUGGGCCGGUCGUCAUCCAUCGGGCCCGGCGAGAUAUGGGUGCAGGUCGAGGACUCCGUCGUGGCCCAGAACAUGCAUGAGACCAUCCUGGAGACCAUGUGUGCGCUGAGGGCUUUCCCUGAGUUCAGGCCCCGCAGCAAGAGCCAGUCGUCCGGAUCGAACCAAAUUCCAUUCAUCACCACACGCCGUCACCUGGGUAACCUGCCACCGAGGCAGACUGGCCUGCGUCGCUGUGCCAGGGUGGACUCCAUGACGGGCACUCCCCCGAAAGGAAAGAGCAAAGGGGGGAACGAUCGCUUCCGAACGUCCAGCGAGGGUGACGGCAGAAGCGGGCGGCCCCUCAGCUCUGGUACGGGCUCCCUGGUCCACCUGAACACCCCGUGCGUGAACAUGUGUCGCGAGGAGAGCGGGGGUCCUUGUUGCGUGCCCGCUUCCCCAGGCUUGUCGUCGACCCAUGCGCCGGCCCGCUCUGUGUCCCAGCCGGCCUCUCACUUCCUGUCCGCCACCAGCCCCAUCAGUGUGUCCAGCAGCAGCGGCCACGGCUCGGCCUCCGACACACACACGCGCCCAUCCAGCUCCUCCAUCUGCGGCUCGCCCAGCGAUGGUGGCUUCAACUCGUCCGACGAGUUCUGCUCCAGCCCAUGCGACUUCCGCUACUUCCGUGCCCGGAGCAGCACACCCGAUUCGCUCUGCGGCACGCCCCCCGUCCGGGAUGACUUCCGCAUGAUGGACUACAUGGCCAUGGACCGCUACCACCUCCACCAUCACCACCACGACCUGCAUGGUGAACGGGCCAAGACGUUCGAAGAGGAGAGCAGUUACAUGGAGAGGGCGUUCAUCAAACUGUCACUGGCAUCCAAGGUGAAGUCGGCAGUCGGUGGGGGCUUGAUGCAGCAGAAAGCCACUCAGACCUCCUCACUGGAUGAAUCCAGUCCAGUCGAAUCCAGACACCAUCCAACCAGCGCCUACUCCCCAAAGUCUGACUAUAAGCCCUACGCCGAAGUGAGCCACCACCCAUCCAAGCCCACCUUUCAGUUCACCUCCGAUGUGCGAAGGAAGCUGUAUGAGGAUGACGGGUAUGUGCCCAUGACAUUCAGCACCGGUUCUGGUUCUUCCCAAAGCGCUGAUUACAUCCCUAUGCAUUCCAGCAUGCUCCAUCCAUCCACCUUGGACAUACGGCCUUGCCCUUUACAGCAGAACGCUGAUAGCUACAUGAUGAUGCACCGGGGCGAAGGCCGCUCCCAUCCGCUCCCCAGCCCCUCGUGUGUUCAAACGCAGAUGGAAUAUAAUGACUACAUGGACAUGUCGUUCAGUAACGCAGCUGAGGAGUACGUCCAGACCCCUCCGCCCGACACCCCCAAGUCCCACAGCUCGUACUUUUCCCUACCACGCUCGUACAAGACCCCCCUGCGGGAAAAAUCCGGCCAGAUGGACUUAUCGGCGGAGACCCCAACUGACCUGGAGUCUCCCCCAAGUCCAGGGGAAUACAUCCACAUGGACUUUGGGGAUCGCCUUGCGAGCUCCCCUGCGUCCCCUCCUACUGUGACCGCCCCCUUCGCGUCAGCUUGCGAUCCUCACUGUGCCCCUCUGGGACAGGACUACAUGGGCCUGGACAUGGACAGCCUCCUGUUCAAAGGGCGUCCGCCCCGCCACUCUCUCGUGGCCCCUUGGAACCCGCCUAACUACGCCCGCCCCGCCGUAAACGCUUACCUCCAGGUGCAGAUGGACUGCCACGACAUCGAGAAGCCCUACCCGGGAUGCGGGGCGGCCAAAAGCCCGUCGGGCCUGUACCAGCACCUGUGCGCAGGUGAGAGGUCUGUAGUGUGUGUGCAGGAGGAGCCUCAGGUGGUGCGAGCGGAGGUGCAGGGCCGGAGGCGCCACAGCUCUGAGACUUUCUCCCCUCCCUUGGGCUCAGGCAGGGCGGUGUAUAGCAUGAAGGCCUCAGCCAACUUAAGUCCACCAGAGAGUAGCAGCAGCAGCAGCAGCAGCAGCAGCACCAGCAGCAGCAGCAGCUGCAGCAGCAAAAGGUGGCCAAACCCUGUUGGGUGUGACGGGUCACCUGUGGAUGACCGGUUGUCAUCUCACCCCACUCUACCGCCAGCUAACCUUCUCACAGUCCCUUGCUCUGGUGCAGGAAGAGGGCAACCCAACUCAACCAGCUACCUCAACUAUGGUGCUUUUGACCUGAGGCAAGUUCCAGGGGACACCAGUGGGAUCCCCUCUCCGUGCCCCGAUCAGGCCCACAGUGAGGACGAAGUCUAUGCCAGUGUAGACUUCUCCGUGUCGGGAGGAUCGACCUCUGCCUCAAAAGAUUGAGUAUGUCCUACUCUGGAAGGGUCUGGAUCAUGAACAGAAUUUUGAAGGAGCGAACACCAGACCUCCAGGAACACUCCCACUCCUACUCAAAUAAUAAUAAUUGCACAACCACUUUUGUUCUGCAUCAUUUUAACAUAACUGCCUCAGUGACUGGUUUUAAGUUCUUCGGGAUUUGUUUUGUCUUUUGUAUUAUUAUUUAUUGUUGCUGAGAUAAAAAAAAACAACAUAGUUGUUUGGUUUAAUUCUUGAGUUACAGUAUGUUUACUUGACAACCACACUGCGUGCCACAGCCACAUCAGUUGGCAUGGCAUCUCCUAUCACUAUGGUACGGACAUCAUCAGCACAUCAGCACUUACACCCUCCGGGCGUCAGCCAGCCUCACGUGGUAGACGUGACCUUCAGACUUUGACCUUUGAAGAGCUGCUUGUGUCACAAUACCAAUCAUCCCCUCCUCUUCCUCCUCCUCACACACCUGCCUCCCCCGUAUUUAUUUAUAUUGACUUUAAUUUAUAUAAAUGUAUAUUUUUCCAAGGAGCAAUGACUCACAUUGCAGAAUGUGCAUAAGCGUAUACUAUUUUAAUUGUGAACUACUGUUUUUUUUUUUUUUUAAACGCUAGCUGUCAUUUGUACUGUUCAUAUAAUGAAUUACCUUCGAUGUUGGUUUGUUUACUUUGAAGAUUUAGCGUAAGUUUCUCUAGAGAGUUAGCUCUGAUGACUUUUGUGAUUAAAUUAAAUUACUCUUUUCUGCAGGCUUGGUUAUAUCAAACGACGGGAGCCAGUACCAGCUUAACCUCUCACUCACUCUUUGUGUUACUUGGGUGAACAUUUCUGCCCAUGUCAUAUCAAUGGGUGCAACUUACCUGUGCGCCUACCUUUCCUAGUAAAGCAUAUUACCCAUAAAAGUUCAAAAUUUCCACAAGACCACAAGUUUCAAAUUUCACAAGACUACAUGGUUCAUUCCAAUUUUCCAUUAUGAAUCCAGUUUACCACAUGAGAAUUAGACAGAGUCUUACACUAAAUUGCAUCAUGACCUAAGACCUCAUUCAUGCGUCACAUUUAGUGUAGCGCAAGGCUUCAUUCUAGUUUGGGAAGCCAGAGUUCAAUACCGAUCUAACACGCAGAAAUGGCUGCAGGGCUCUUGCGUCUCCACAUCUACAGUACAUUUUUGCAUAAUGUUUACAGACAGUGCAGGCAUCAAAUUCAUUGUAUGCCUUUAGAAAUGGUACACUCGAUGAGGUACUUUUCAGCUCCUGGUGUUCGUGAUGCACUGUGAAAGCUGUGAUAGGCUUCACCAGUGAAGGGUGAUUUGACUUAUGUAGCACAGGGUAGCUGGUGGAGUGUCAAAUACUUUCAACCGGUACACCUCAGUGACCCUCUGGAGUCCCAUGAACCCCUGUUCUCGGUGCUUUUCUUCAUUGUUUUGCCUAACGAAGUGGGCAGUUGCCCUUACCAUACAUGGCCCAUCUGGGCAGAGACCUCACGGGCUACUAUAGGUGUGCUACUGUAUUAUGGAGAGAUGCUGGAUGUGUACAUACAUUUGCUUCUUGACUUGUUUCUUUGUUUUGCCCCCAAUUUUUGGGCCAGGUUAUUUCUUAUUAAAGGUUGUUAAAUGGUCCCUUAUUGCCUGUACCUGGAAGCUUUACAUAAAGACAUGUUGGGUAAGGGUUGUGUUGGAAAGCUGUGUUGUGAGAUGUGUGUUAGCUUUACAUUAGUAGUCCGCCUGUUCAGAGGAAAAUGUGACAAAUCUCCUGUAAGUGAAUUCCCCCAUGACUUGAAAUGAUAGUUUGUUCAUGGCUGCCCCAUUUCUUUUGCUAGCUUUUUUGUGUCAUGCUAAUGUGUCACGAUAUUGAAUUGCUUUAAAUGUAAGUAACAAUGUGAAAUUGAGGGGAAAAAAUAACAGUAGUAUAUCUUCUUUGGAAUUACCCACAUACAAUUAUCAUCACAGCCUGAAAAGUAAACAAGCUUGUGUUUUGUACCUUGAGCUCAGCUAUGAGCGCAACAAGUCAAUACUGAAUUGAGCUAAAAAUUUGCUGAAAAUGAUGUGUGCUAGUGAAUGUUUGUGUUUGUGUGGGUUUGUGUGUGUGCGCUUGUAGGUUUGAGUGUGUGUGUGUGUGUGUGUGUGUGUGUGAGAGAGAGAGAAUGAGUUGUUGAAAUGCUCAUAUUCUGUCACACCCUGCCAUCCUUUUGUAUUAUGUGUCACAAUCUUGAUUGUGACACAGCAGAAACAGAAAAAGGAUAAUGAUUAAAUCUGUCAUUAUUUAUGCCGUCUUCCUAUGUAAAUAUUGUAAUUUUGAUAUCCCUUCUCUUUGUUAACCAUGAUGCCACACAUAACCUACUCUCUCUGUGUAAAGGAUGAGGUGUGUGUGGAUUUUGUCUGUUUAACAUUUUUAUAUUUUAUUUUGGUGUAUAUUUAUCAGAUUGAUUUGCUUGUAAUAGAGCUAUUGCAAUAAAAAAGUGCCAAGGUA